AUGUCUACUGAUAUUUCACUCCAAGACUACCUUGCUAUCCGCAAUGUUGCUUUUGAAUGGGCGGAAAGCUAUGAUACCAAAGACUGGGAUCGUCUGCAAAAAUGCCUUGCCUCCUCGAUCCGAUUGGACUUUCGAAGCCUUCAAGGGGCUUUGCAUGAAAAUCUGUCUCCGGAGGAGUACUCGGCUAUACUUAUUGGCAUGAUAGGGGACAAGCGAUUAAAGACUCAGCAUCUUCUAGGUGGAUCUCAAUGGGAGCGUUUGAGCGACGGCACAGUCAGAGUCGCGUAUCAAAUCCGGGUAGCCCAUCAACGAUACGUGGACGAGUCUCUACAGAAAGUGGCAAACAAAGGGCAUGGUCACGGAGUUACAACGCAUUGGUAUAGAAAGAUUGACGAAGCCUGGAAGUUAGAAGGUGUCGCACCUAGGCUUGAAUGGGACGAAUACGAUAUAUUUGGGACUCUUGCUCCACCUCAGGACGAGGCGAUUUACGAGGUCUAACAUAAUAUUGUUGUACCAAAAGGAUAUUGAUCAUCUGGAGAAUUGAAAACAAAUUUCGUGUUUACCUACCACUCAGUCCAUCCUAUUACAUCAUAAACUAGUCACAUGCAAGAAUACUUGGAGAUUUACUUCUCGGACUG